GUGCGGUCGCACCUUCGAUUUGGUCUCUUGAUACAGCUCUUCGGAGUACGGAGUUUCUUCGGCGCCUCAGGCUGUUCAGUGUUGAGCCCGUAAAAAGAGGAAGCCGUGCCUGGAGCCCAUAGAAGGCUAAUUUGAGAUAUUUUUUGCGCGGAAUGAACUGCGGAAUGACUGAACGGAAUUAACAGCUCAACGGCACGUGCCUUCAAGGAACAUGUGAUUUUUAGUGGACUUUUACGGCUUGAAACAAGGUGAAUUGCGAUUUCGGUUUCACAAACGGGAUUUAUAUUGUGAAUGAAUCUGCAGGAAAACAAAAUAAAUUUUUUAGUGAAGUGUAUGUUAAGCUGCAAUAAACCAGUGAAAUCAGCAAAAUUGUAAAAAAAAUUCUUCCUAAUCAGUGCCACAACCCGGAAUAGAUGAAAUCUCUCUGAGAAAAGUUUGCCGAACCAGAUCUACCUCUCCCUUUUGAAUAUCAAAAGCUACCAUUAGGAUGGAAAUACGAUGGAACUGGAUUGCACCAACGCUCCUUAUAGUGAUCUGUCAUAUGGCAGUGACACACGACAUGGUGGAUUCUCGAGAUAGUGUAGACUUAAAUGUUGUCCCUCUUAGUACGAUCCGCAGUAAAGGCAGCCAAAGUAGUACACAGCCCGCUUUGGAAGAGUCGAUCGUUUUAAAAGGCGAUUCCGGAAGACAAGCCCUUAACCAUGGGGAUUCUACUGAAACACUCGGAAAUGUAAACAGUGAACUAGAAAGUACGCAUGGUAGUACUACAAAAAAGGUGAAAAAAUAUGCAGCAAAAGAGAACAAAAAGUAUCGCAAAAAGUACAUUUCUAACGGAGAUUACCGAGAAACAACAUCUCAGCCAUCCGGUGAACCAUUAAUUCGAGAACAUAGAACUGCCGGCGAUAGUGAAGAUGAGCAGACGGAAAAAACAUCGAAAAAGUUUUCGGAUGAAUCUAACAAACCACAUAGUCGCAAGAAACGGCUGAUUUGGGUUACGGACGACGGAAGGCUGGCACUUCCUCCCGGAACCACGUUGACUAUCGCUCCGACGAUUGCACUACCCUUCGUCCGGUAUCCGCCGACGGGAUUUCUUUCCAACAUCUCUGUCAGUUUACCGAUAACAAUUGAUUUCGACAAGCUAGGUCUGACGGACAACCAGAAUCCGCUGGGUGUGCUGCCGCCACUGUUCGCUCGGUCGAUGGGCCGUGCCGCGGGCAGUUUUCUGGCGGAUUAUGUUUCCGAUUACAUGCGCAACCGAAGGCGCAAGCGAAGUGUACCCAGCUUUGGCGGCAGCGACAAGUUCAAGAUCACCGCAAACGUUAUAGACGAGGACGGUGACGAUAACGAUGGCGAGCGGCUACCGCCCGAGUUGCCCGAGGAGCACAAGCAUGCUUUUCAUGGAGGAGAAAGAGCGUUACUUUACACUGUGGUAGAGGAUUUCAUCGCCAAUUUUGGCCUUGAUGGGAAAGCGUGUAUGUUGCGAGCCAUUUGUGAGGUGCAUUCCAAGCCGGUGGAGAACUUUGGACUGGUCGGCGAAUUUUUGAAACUGUUUUUCACAGCAUCUCUGUCGCCUUACUCCGAACACCUAAGCGAGUAUGUAUCGGCAGAAAAUAUUGGCAAAGGGAAAACGGGCCCCGGUGAAUGUUUUCCGUACUACAAAGAUUGUCCGAGAAGUCUAUUUCGAACGCCGAGUGAGUUUCAAAAACGCUACUCUGCCACCGGGGAAACUGGUGAGUCGUCAAACGGACAGGAUGGUCUAUACGAGGACAGUAUAGAUGAUUUUGAACGCGAGAUUCGCAGUUCAGGUAAACCGGAAUCAACGGUAGAAUCCAAAGACGAAGCCAUGAUACAGUUAGACAGCAUUCUGAGCGAAAUAGCGAUGUAAACGGAGUCACUGUGCGUUUUGAUAUCACAGCUGAAGUAUUUACUGGAAAUGUGUGUAUUGGUGAGUUUUCUUUCAGAAAUAGUGUGUACACUAUGACAAUGAAAUAUUGGAAACAACGCUUGUUUGGUAUGUACUAUAUAAGGACUGUGCGUUUGAAUGUGCGGUUAAUUUAUCGACUUGAAUGCAAUUAUUGUUAAUCCAGUGUGAACGAUUUCAUAAUUUGAAGUUAUAGGUAAACAUAGAAUUCAAUAUUGCAGCUGUGCUUUGUGACCAUAUAAUAUAAGUAGCAUACAAUAUCUCAUCGGAAACCUAGGUGAUAGAUAUGUAUGUAAGUAGUAGCUUUACUAAGAUUUAGGACAUUAUUUGAAAAAUGCUAGAUUAGGGGAACGUAAAACUGUUUAUGUACGUGAUAUCUUUCCACGAAACAACUCAUUAUAAAUCAAAGAACUUAAUAUACAGCAUUAGUUUACUGUUUUGGCAAAAGUUGACCACAAUCAGUUUUUCUAUUUAAUUUUUAAUUGUUGCAAUUUUAACAAUAUCUCAUAUAUCCUGUUGGUGAUACGAACAUUAUAACAUGUCUCGUUUAAACAUAAAAUUUGUAGUUGGGUAUAUCCAUUGAAAUUUUCUUUAUUACAUCACUAUUAUUUAAGAAUCUUGCUACAAAUCAUGUUUUGUUUUGAAGAUUUGUUAAAAAGAAGUUUUUUUUUUAUAAAAAGCACAUAGU